GUUUUGUUGUUGUUAAUAAGUCAAGUGAUCGAGCGGCGUCGCGGGCAGGGGGCAGGCAGGCCACUACUAGUACUAGUAGUAGUAAAAGAUCUAGCGCCGCAUACACCACCACACGAGACGAAGCAGCAGCGGAGAGGGGCCUCUCGUCGGCGACGCACGCCGGCCGGAGGAGGACGACGGCGACGGCGACGGCGAGGCUUCCGCUCCAACCAACCAACCAAAUCACAACCGCAUCCACCGGAGGGAUUCCCUCCAGAUCGCCAUUCGAUUCGCUGCUGCUGCUCCGCCUCGUCGUCGCCGUCGUCGAGUUCGUCUCGCAAUCGCCUCCUCCUCUCCCCCUGGGCCGUGCUUAGGAGUAUCUUCCUCGCGACUGUGGGUUAGUCCUCCUAGUGGGUUUAUGCAUGACAGCCCCUGCAGUCCUUCCAAAUGAGUUAGAAGGGAUCUCCCGUUCUCAAAGAGUAGAGCUGUUCCGAGACGCUAGUUGCAAUAUCGAAAAGGAGGUACUGUCCAGUUUAGCAAAUGGCCAAGAUUCUCAUGCUUCUGGAACAAACCCUGGCUUCAGAGUUGGAGAGAUCAGGCUCUCCAACAGGGAUAUUUAUUUCGGCACAUUAUUGGGGAACACACCAGAGGGUUCAGGGAGGUAUGUCUGGUCAGAUGGUUGCACUUACGAUGGUGAGUGGAGGAGAGGGAUGAGGCAUGGGCAAGGAAAGACAAUGUGGCCAUCUGGAGCCACCUACGAGGGUGAGUACUCUGGUGGCUACAUUUAUGGUGAAGGCACAUAUACCGGGUCUGACAACAUCGUCUACAAGGGAAGGUGGAAAUUGAAUCGUAAGCAUGGACUUGGAUGCCAGACGUACCCUAAUGGAGACAUGUUUGACGGUUCUUGGAUUCAGGGAGAAAUAGAAGGCCAUGGCAAGUAUACGUGGGCAAAUGGAAACACUUACGUUGGCAAUAUGAAGAAUGGCAAGAUGUCUGGGAAGGGAACUCUUACUUGGAAAAAUGGGGAUUCAUAUGAAGGAAACUGGUUAGAUGGCAUGAUGCACGGGUAUGGAAUCUAUACAUGGAAUGAGUGUGGGUAUUAUGUUGGUACUUGGACCAAGGGACUGAAGGAUGGGAAAGGCACAUUCUAUCCAAAAGGUUGCAGAGUUCCUGUUAAUGAUGAGCUCUACAUCAAUAAUCUAAGAAACCGAGGUGUGCUGCCUGACAUUAGAAGGCAGAAUCACGGCUCACGCAUCCUUCACUCUUCUUCGGUUGACAUGGGGAACAUGAAGGUUGGCUUAACUCGGGAAUCUUCAGGUCCUUCAUCUAGAAGGAACUCAAGUGAGCAACCUCAUUCGAAAAAUGUAUCCUUGGAAAGACGGUGGAGCCUUGAGGUGGCCAUUGAAAAAUUCAUUGGCCAUGACGCAACUGGAAGCUCUGGCCUAGAAAGAUCUGAAAGCAUUAAUGAUUCUGAUCUGCCUAUGCUGGAACGGGAAUAUAUGCAAGGUGUUCUAAUCAGCGAGGUAGUACUUGACAGGAGUUUUUCGGAUUCGUCCAAGAAGGCAAAACGGCGCCAGAAGAAAAUUGUUAGGGAGACAAAAAAGCCAGGAGAGACAAUAAUUAAGGGUCACAGAAGCUAUGAUCUUAUGCUCAGUCUACAGCUUGGAAUCAGGUACACGGUAGGAAAGAUUACGCCCAUUCAGAAACGUGAAGUCCGUGCUUCAGAUUUUGGUCCACGAGCAAGUUUCUGGAUGACCUUCCCCAAAGAAGGAUCACGACUUACUCCUUCACAUCCUGCAGAAGACUUCAAAUGGAAGGACUAUUGUCCCAUGGUUUUCAGAAAUUUGAGGGAGAUGUUCAAGAUUGAUGCUGCAGAUUAUAUGAUCUCUAUAUGUGGAAAUUCUGCACUUAGGGAGUUAUCUUCUCCAGGAAAGAGUGGAAGUGUCUUUUUCCUAUCACAAGAUGAUCGAUUCAUGAUCAAGACUCUUCGGAAAUCUGAAGUCCAGGUUCUUUUACGAAUGCUUCCAAAAUAUUACCAUCAUGUCCGUACUUAUGAGAACACCCUCAUAACUAAGUUUUUUGGCCUCCACAGGGUGAAGCCUUCUAGUGGUCAAAAGUUUCGCUUUGUUGUAAUGGGUAACAUGUUUUGCACGGAAUUGAGGAUUCAUCGGAGAUUUGAUUUGAAAGGUUCAUCCUUAGGCCGUUCUACUGACAAAAUCGAAAUUGAUGAGAACACAACUCUGAAGGAUUUGGAUCUUAACUAUUCAUUUUAUCUUGAACCUUCCUGGCGUGAGGCUUUACUUAAGCAGAUUGAAACUGACAGUGAAUUUCUAAGGACCCAACGGAUAAUGGAUUACAGCUUAUUGCUUGGUGUGCACUAUAGAGCUCCCCAGCACCUUCGGACGCGUGCAUCUUAUCAUCGAAGCAUGGCAGCAGAUAGAUUAACUGUUCUUUCAGAAGAAGACGCUCAGGAGGACGAUGCUUUCAACUACCCGGAAGGUCUAGUGUUGGUUCAAAGAGGUGGUGAUGAAAACAGUGUGGUUGUUGGCCCUCACAUAAGAGGUAGCCGUUUACGAUCAACAGCCGCUGGAUUUGCGGAAGUAGAUCUACUACUUCCUGGUACAGCCAGGCUGCAGAUCCAGCUAGGGGUUAACAUGCCUGCAAGGGCAGAGCAGAACCCUAAAGAAGAGGAAAGCAAAUCGUUUCGGGAGGUGUACGACGUGGUCCUUUACCUGGGUAUCAUAGACAUAUUGCAGGAGUACAACAUGUCAAAGAAGAUAGAGCAUGCCGUCAAGUCCAUGCAGUACGACUCCAUCUCCAUCUCCGCCGUGGACCCCCAGUUCUACUCGGAGCGUUUCCUCAAGUUCAUCCAGACCGUCUUUCCAGAAAAUUCAUAGUGCCCCAGCCAGCAGCCAUUGCGAUUAUUUCGUCCGCGGAUUGAUUCUCCUGCCUUGUGUUAUGACAUGAACUUCAUUCAUAGUGCCUCAGCAGCAGGUACUAAUUUUUUGCCGAGCAGCAUCCUCCUUGAAACGAUAUGGCACUGCGGGAUGGCAGGGAAAGCACGCGAAUUUAUUCUUUAGUUCUGAAGGUGCUGAAACUGAAAUGUGCGAAAGGCGGUCAUGGAGAACUGGAGAUGGGAGAGAAUUUGACGUCUUUCUCUUGAUGGAAGGAAGGCACAACCGCACAUGUCUAGGGCAAUGUACUACCGUCGGUGCCAUGUGCUUGUGAGCCUCUCUUGUUUGGGCACAACACAACAAAUCAGAAGCAAAAGCGCAGUGCACUCAUAUGUGCCAGAAAUAUAUUUUCCAUUCCAGAGUAUACUGUUAGUUGUAUAGGAUUACAGUGAAUUGCCACCUUGGUCUUAAUGUUGUAUGAAAGAUUUUUCACGUUUUUGUGAUAAUAUUUUUUUUUCGAUGAAGAUAAACGAACAUUGGCACGUAAUAUAGCCAAUGUGUACAUCAUGCUAUGCGUUUCUUACAUAUAUGUACGUCAUGCAGUGCGUCUGUUCCCA